ACUUUUUAAGCCCAUAAUUGUAUUAUUUACAUUUUCUAUGUAUUAGGAUAAACUUAAAUCCAUCAUUACAGUCUGUUCAUUAAACAGAAUAAAAUAAAUUAAGAUGAUGGCCUCUUGUAUUGCCACACUAUAAAAGAGUGAUAUUUAUACUGCAACCGAAAAUGUGAAUUAUUUCAUUAGUAACAUGAUGCUUAAUUACAUCUUCUCUUGCUUUCAGUUGUUUCUUUUUGUUGCUGUUUUUGUCUCUGUCAUGUCCUUGAUGGCAUUCCAUUACUUUUUUACCCAUUAUUAUGAGAGGGAUGCCAUCAUAUUCUAUAUGGGGUUUGGCAUUUUCCUGAGUGUCCACAAAUCUGAUAUGGGAUUUAUCAACCUUUCCUUAAUCUACAGUAAUUGCAAAAGAAAAUGCUGAAUUUAAGUUAAUUGAAAAUUUGACCUUUUUUGAUAAAGGUGUUAAUUUGAACCAACUUAAAUCUACACUAUGAAAGGAUGCUUUCAUAAUUUCAAAUUUUCUUGACCUGUGGUUCUUGAAAUUAUUUUUUAAUGACCCUAUCUAAUUUGCAUUAUUUCCUUUAUCUCCCUAUGCAAGAAGAUUUGGUCCUUCACUUGGACAAACUUGAAUUCCCUCCAACCAAGGAUACCUUGUGGCUAAUUUGGUUGAAAUAUGCCCAGUGGUUCUUAAGAGAAAAAGAUGAAAUUGUGUUUACGAUGACAACACCAAUGACAGACAACAGACAAACUUCAAUUAGAAAAGCUCAAGUUAGCCUUUGGCUCAGGUGAGCUAAAAAUGUUUACAAGAUGUACUGAAGAACCAAGAAAUAACUUUACCAACAAUAAAAUAUAGCAACAGGAUCUUACCCAGAUCCUUUCCAAAUUGUUUGGAACUUUUUAAACAACGGAACCUGGAGGAAGUUGCAUAUUCGUACUCCUGUAGCAACCUGUCCAAUUUUGUGGAAGAUGUCACAUAUCCACAGAGUGAUGUUGAUCUAGCAUCGAACAGGUCUUUCCAAGCGUCACUACUGAUUUGAAAGACAACAAGCAACUGUCAACACUAGCGAAAUUUGUCACACACACACACCCCCCCCCCCCCUCAUUUUCCUAGAGUAAAUUGAACCCGGGCAUUAUGUCUUCAAAAUUUUUUAUCAAGCUGUUGAGAUUUUUUUUUAUACAUAAGUAAGUAAAUUUUAUCUAAAGUCAGCACUGUGUACAAACAUAAAGUUGAUAAACAAAUAACAUGAGCUCUAUGUACAGAGAUCUUAAAACGAAUUUAAAAAUAAAAUUAUACCUAUUUCAAGAUUAUCUUAAUACAACAUUCAUACCUAGUUUCUCCAGCCAUCUCUUAUAGUUGCUGAUAUGAAAAGUAGACUUCAUACACAUAAAAUAUGGAUAUCAUUUUGUAUUUCCCGCUUCGAAAAAGGUUCAAUGUCACCAAAAAUACAAAAUACCAAAAUACAAUCGAGUUCGGUGUUCAAGAACAUUGUAGAUGUGAAAACCGUAUCGGAAAUAUUUUCCCCGGAAACCGUGACUGGGUUGUUAUAGACUCUACCUAUAUUUAGAGCGACCCUGAGCACCAGCGACAGCGAUCACCGCUACGCUCCACUAAUACCUCUGUCAACGUCUAAAAAGUUAUAUCAAAAUGUACAAAAACUAACUUAGCAUAUCGAACUGUAAUGAUAAUAUCUGAGCAAAUCAAACACUUCUCUGAAUUUUUUAAAAUCAGAAGAUGGUAAAUAUGAGACACCUGAUCGAAUUAGUAGGUUUAUAUAAAUAUUCAUUCAUUCAAUAAUACUAGUAUAAUCAUGGAAUUCGUUGUUUUUGUGAACCUACUUUAAGAUUUAAAGCAUAAAACUUAAACUUAUAAAAUUAUUAUCCAUCAUGCUAUAGGUAUAGGUAAGUUUUGCCAAGAAUCGUUGUAGCGCAGCGUAAUACGCCCCCUGAUGAGAGAUUGCCUCGCACCAAUCGUAACUACUCGGCUAUUUCCGUAACCGCAAAUGAACCGGUUACGGAAAAGGACGAGCGGGUGAUCCGAUUGACUUAUUUUAGAGGAUAUCCGAAAAUACCGGAUAUGACUUCAAUAAACGUAAGCAUUAUUUUUAGAAAUCUUGGUUAUUUUAUCAACCCUUGAUUGGCUUGCAAUAGUGUGUGUGUCACUUGCUAAUUUUAGAAUUUGAGAUUACACCAUAUAGGCGGUUGCCAGUGCAAUAUACCGACAUUAGAACGAAUGUAAGGAGUGAGGAAGAACGUAGCCCGCAAACCAGUAAUCCCGGCAGAGUCCGGCGAAGAAGUCGCAAAAGCUCCAACAAAGGAAAGGCUGCUAGCAAGAAAGGGAAAUUCUCAGGGUGCGACGGAUAAUUGACAAAAUCCUACCACUACGGACUGAUACUUCUAAAGCAGAGAACGAACAAUGUACGAAGACUUUUGUGAAUGCAUCGCUCCGGACCAUGGCGAGGGCGCAGUCGUCCCCAGAUCCCUGGACGAAUUGGUUGAAUGGCUGGACCUUCCCGGCUCCGAGUGCGGAUUGGGAUAUGGAACCGACAUUAACCACGACAUCCAACAUUUCACUACGAUUGGAUCAGAAAGUAAAUGGCCUAUUUGACAACGAAUAUGCUGGCAUUAUGGAUGACUUUGCCGGCAACAAGCUGAUUGAUACCAUUGAUAAAGAUUUUCUGACAUCAGAAAAGAGUAAAUUGGGAAUUCAAGAGGUUGAUGUGGAUGACUUCAUAGAGGCUAUAGGUUCUACAUUCCCUGGAGAUGACUUUCUCAACAGUUUCAUGGACCUUUCAAAUUUCAAUAAUGAUUUACAGGGAGGUGAAGGUAAACCAGAGUUGGCUCUUGCUGUACCUAUUGCAAACCUUGAUGUACAAGAAGAACCAAGUCUGGUUGUGAAGUUGGCUGCUCAAAAGGAGAAACGAGAAAUGUUUGUUCAGGAAACUGAGACUGUCAUCUCAGAGGAAUGUGUCAAAAAACGAAGACUUGUUAGGACUGAAAAGGAAGAAGGUCUAGCGGCUGCAGAUCUUGAUCAUGAUUACAUUACCAAAAAACCUCGGAUGUCUACGGUUAUUGUUCACCCAAUUCACAGAGUGGAUGAAGAGACCACCAAUUGUUCAGAAAAGAAAUAUACAGAGAGGCGCAUCAAGAACAAUAUUGCCUCUAAACGAUCGCGAUAUAUCCGUAAAUUGAAGUUUGUGGAAAUGGAAAGCGAGGCAGAUAGACUUGUGAAAGAAAAUCGGAUGAUGAAACUGAAAAUAGAAGAAUUAGAAGAACUAGCAAAAGAAAUGAAAGCAUCACUGAUAAGCAAAUUAGCUGAAAAGAAGUAAAUUAUAAACUACAUGCCAAUUGUGUGGUACUUAAUCUAUAUUCAAUUAUUUGUAUUUUUAGCUCAUCUGAGCUGAAAGCUCAAGUGAGCUUUUCUGAUUGCCUGUUGUCCGUCGUCUCUCUGUAAACUUUACGUUUUCGACAUCUUCUCCAGAACCACAGGGCCAAUUUCAACCAAACUUAGCCAAGAGCAUCCUUGGGUGAAGGGCUUUCAAUUUUUUUUCAAAUGAAGGGUCAUGUCCCUUUCAAAGUGGAGAUAAUAACAAAAAUAGGGUGGGGUCAUUUAAAAAUCUUCUCAAGAACCACUGGGCCAGAAAAGCUGAAAUUUACAUGAAAGCUUCCUGACAUAGUGCAAAUAUAAGUUUGUUUAAAUCAUGGCCCCCGGGGGUAUGAUGGGGCCACAAUAGGGGAUCAAAGUUUUACAUACAAAUAUAUAGAAAAAAUCCUCUCAAAAACAACUGGGCCAGGAAAGUGGAAAUUUACAUGAAAUCUUCCUAACAUAGUGCAGAUUGAAGUUUGUAAAGAUCAUGGCCCCAGAGGAUAGGAUGGGGCCAUGAUUGGGGAUCAAAGCUUUACAUACAAAUAUAUAGGGAAAAUCUUCUGAUGAAAAAUCACUGGGCCAGAAAAGUUUACAUUCACAUGAAAGCUUCCUGACAUGGUCCAAUUCAAUUUUGAAAAAAAAAAUAUCAUGUCACUCAGGAGUAGGUUGGGGCCACAAUAGGGAUAAAAGUUUUACAUGCGAAUAUAUAGGAAAAAUCUUUAAUUAUGAGUCAAGGUGAGCGAUGUGGCCCAUGGGCCUCUUGUUUCUAUUUUGAGUUUUGCAAUGAAGAAGAAAAAACAUGGGGGGGGGGGGGGGGGGAUCUUUAAAGGUUACAUUUGGAAAAGUAUAUUCAUGAACUUGCAUUGAAAAUUUGUGAUUUCACAUCAUGUUGCAUUUGUUGGGGAAAAUGUUUUGUUUGUUUAGGACUAUUAUACAGACACUGUAUCUGUUAUAGAUUUAGGAAAAUACUUAGUCUUUUUUCCUUGCAUCUUUGCAAAUUUGUUAUAAAAAUCACAUCCUGCUGACACAUUUCAGCAACAAAUUUCUCUGAUUAAUUAUCAAAUUUAUCAUAUUUAGUAGGUAUUUUUAAUGUGGAGAAAAUAUGUUAAAGAAAUUCACAUUACUGUAAUAUGAACAUGUAUGUCUUGUUAUUGAGAAAAAAUAGUUUUGUAAUUUUAUAUACUUUUGAACAUGAGUAAAUGAACCAAAGCUACAUGUA